CUCCGAGCACCAUCCAGGUGGCCCGGUGAUCCCCAGCCUACACAGGUCCAGCUGCUGUGAGCCCAGGACUUGGCCCCCAGCGCACUGCAUUCCCAAUGGCCAGCAGCCCCUGUCGGAGGAAGAAGCGGGGGAAAGUCUCCAAUGACAGCAGGCGACCCACAGCAGGAGCCGGAGGUCCCCUGCGCCUUCGUGACUGGCUGGUGGCACAGAUCGAGAGUGGGCGCUACCUGGGGUUGCACUGGGAGGACGCGGGCAAGACCCUCUUCCGCAUCCCCUGGAAGCACGUAGCCAAGCAGGGCUACCAGGCACAGCAGGAUGCAGCGCUCUUCAGGGCCUGGGCCGUGCACAAGGGCAAGCACCUGGAGGGCACCGACAGGGAGGACCCCUCCACCUGGAAGACGCGGCUCCGCUGUGCCCUCAACAAGAGUGCCGACUUCUGUGAGGUGCGCGAACGCAGCCAGCUGGACAUCUCCAACCCCUACAAGGUCUACAGGAUUGUGUCUGGCGAUGCCCAUGGCCCAGUUGCCAAGGCCUGUGAUCCCGCUGAAGAGGGGGGCAUUCCCUCCAGCCAGCAGGAGCCCCCUGGGGAAGUGACUGAACCAGUCUGUGGGACAGACCAGGAUGGCUCCAGAUUAGCCACAGAUGAGGACAAGGAGCAGCCCCCUAGGCUGGCCCAGGAAGGCUCGUUGCCACCAGCCACCUUCCUCCCAGGCCCUUUGGCUGACCACAGGUACCAGGCAUGGGACACCAAACACCCCUGGAGCACGACGCCCUCUGAGGAAUCCAGCAACCCUGGCUGCUGGCUGCACGUGCGGGUCUUCUACGGCGCGGCGCUGGUGCGGGAAGCUACCGCGCGCGCCGCCGAGGGCUGCUGUCUGAGCCCGAAGGCGGCCGCCGCCACCGCAGCCGCCGAGCGCCUGCUGGGGCCACCCCCACGCGUCGCGCAAGUCCGCUUCCCGGAGCCACCGCCCGGCGCCCACGUGCUGCAGCGCCUGAUGCGCCACCUAGAGCGCGGCGUGCUGCUGUGGGUGGCGCCCGAGGGCGUGUUCGCCAAGCGCCUGUGCCAGGGCCGCGUGUACUGGCGUGGCCCGCUCGCCCCGCACCGCGCGCAGCCCAACAAGCUGGAGCGCGAGCAAACCUGCCAGCUGCUCGACGCGCGCCGCUUCCUGGAGGAACUACGCGCCCACCUGCAGGAUGGUCACCCGGAGCCAGAGUACCAGAUCCGUCUGUGCUUUGGCGAGGAGUACCCGGGCCCUCCGGACCAGCCCGAAGAGCGGCUCCUCAUGGCACACGUGGAACCUGUCUUCGCCCGAGAGCUCCUCCUGCACUCGAAGCGCCUGGGCUCCCGCGCCCUGCCGGGUCCUUAGCCUGGCGUCCCCGACGGCGUCACCCACCUUCUGACGCAGCUGAGUCGCUUCCUCCUGCUAAGGCAGCCCCCUACAGGUUGCGGACCCCUACCCCUAACCCAGCCCUGCACACACUGAGCCAGUGGAGUUGGGGCCUCUCCCACCUGUCGCCCAGGUUGGCGGGACAGCGGAAGCCAAUCGUGCCUCGACCUCUCUGCAGCGGGGAUGGAGCCCCGGACCGGCCAGUAGGCGGCACCGCCGGGCCGCUGGGCCUGGGGCGUCAGCGGGAAACGGAACUCGGUCUUGAGGCCCCGGAAAUGCAGCAACUGGGGCAGAAGCAAGACUUCAUCCUUUGUGGAGAACACAACAUGCAAAUAGCGGCUUACUUAGAGCGUGCCUUAACCUGCAUUGAGCCCAUUGCAGCGUUUGCUUAUAGCUGAGUGUACGACAGUUAGAUCCUCAGGGUUUAGAGCAGGGCCACCCAGUAACAAAAUUGCCUGGCCUGGGAGGGGCCCUGAGUUUCCAAACCCUUCCUAUCCCCUGCCACUAAUCUCUCUUCUUUAUUUGGGGGACUAGAGAGGGUCCCCAAACUGAGGACUUGAUCUGAACCCUGGGCUUUGGAUGCUAACCAUUGAAUGGCCAGCACCUGUAGGACACUGUCUUUGGAGAAACUGAGGCAGGCCCCAAAACACAGCCCUAAGGCAGAGGCUAAAGUAGGAGUCCAGCCCCUCUCCAAGCCCCCCCUGAUCUUUGCAAAGUGUAAGUUGCAAUGAAUCCUUGAGAAUCCAGGUUUGAGGCACAAGCAUAAAGCCGGUUCCCCCUGGCUUAUGAGUAAAGUUAUUAGACCUUUUUUCCUUUUCUGAUUUCUGACUUUAUUUAUAGGAAUCUUCUUCUGGAUGCCAAUAUAAUAAAUCCCUUUUAGUGAUACAUGAAUAAACCAUUUUACGGGGGGAAAACUGUAUGAUUCAACAAAGGACAGAAGUCGGUCAGUUGCUGGGGUUCUUUUUUAAUCAUUUAACAGACAUUUAUUGAGCAACUACUCUGUUCCAGGCCUCCGUUCCAGUGUCCAGUGUGGGACACUGGAGAUCGAGCAAAACAGCAUGAUCCCUGCACUCUUAGGGUUCACAUUCUGUUUUCCAGUGAGGAUCUAGUGAC